AUGGCCUCCAAAUAUUCUCGAUCCCACGAAAACGAGGAACUCUCGCAGCUUGAUUUGACAAUGAACUCUGGAGACGAGGGCGAUGGCCCAAUGUUCGAUAACGCCACAGAAGAGGAAGCCGACUCAGCAAUUAGCUCAUUUUGGGGGAACAACUCUAGAAUUUCAACGGUACCCUCGAGUGGGCGAAUGCCUUUUCCUAUCGUUAUCCCUCAACGGCGACCCGGGCACAAACAGCGAGGUUUUAUGGCGGCCUAUGCGCCAGCACUAUCCGAUUUUGGCAUCAGCAAAGAUCAUUUUCACGACUUUAUUGACGCUCUAAAUAAAGCAAUCCGAGUUUCGAAAUGGGUUGCCGCCGUACAAAUUGCUGCAUUCGGCGCUUCUUUUGUCCCGAACCAUAUUUCCAUGGGAGUGACAGCAGCAGUGCAAUUAGUAUCAGCUGUAGCAGCAAAGGCGCAAAUUAGAUGGAAAGUGAACUCCUUUCUAGAUCAGGCAAACCGAGAAUUAUUCGGUCCUCGUGGGCUCUGUUGCCUGAUACUGAAAUACAACCCUAUCCCAGAGAAAGAGCAAGAAGAUAUCGAUGCAAUGAUAACCGCCUCAUCUUCGAAAAUAAAUCCUACGGUGCCAAAGACGAAAUGGCAAGAAAAGUUGAAAACAAACUUCCGCAAUCCCUUUUCAGCUACUACUGAAGGGGAACAUAAUUUGCCAUCUGAGAUUAUGCCACUCGUAUUUUCGGAGCAGGAUAAAGAGGAUAAACAGCCGAAAACAAAAGGCACCCUCUGGAACGAGGUGAACCGAUACCUGGAUAAACGUGCCCGGGCCGCAGCCGAAAACAGCAACGAUAUUUUAUCUGCAGCUCCAGAUGCAGGAUUUCGAAACCGUUUCCUUGAUCCUAACCAUCCCGCCACUAACGGAGGUCUUCUUGGCCUGCUUUCUGGUGGGCAUCUUACGAGGGACCCAGAAAAAGCAAAGCAAGAAGUCAACAAUAUGAUAAAUCAGCAAUUAGCUCUUCUUGAGGAGCAACGAAUUUCCCAGCUAGAACUGCUCCAUAACCAGUUCCAAGCCAUGGGUUACUCCGAUUUACAGAUGCAAGAAUUCACCGCAUUAUACGAACAACAAUUCGAACAACAGCGACAGCAAUUACAGUCCCAGAUUCUGGGGGCAAACACUUUGCCCCGCAAGAUAUCAAGGAAUGUGCUCUAUCUUAUGAUUGUGAAUCUGCCAAAUGAAGAGGAGAUAGAAAUUGCGAAAAUGGCUUUGUCAGACAAGGAAGAUGAUAGCAGGAGUCAACAUUCUGUAAUGAUGGUGAAUGUGUAG